AUGACUCACACCAACCUUACCAUCUUCCACCCUGCAGUUUUUGUCCUACUCGGCAUCCCGGGGCUGGAGGCCUAUCACAGCUGGCUGUCCAUACCCCUCUGCCUCAUGUAUAUCACGGCAGUCCUGGGGAACAGCGUCCUGAUAAUGGUCAUCAUCAAGAGCGUUAACCUUCAUGAGCCCAUGUACGUUUUCCUUUCCAUGUUGGCCAUCACGGACAUCCUGCUGUCCACCACUACUGUACCCAAGGCCCUAGCCAUCUUUUGGUUCCAUUCCCAUGACAUUGCCUUUGAUGCCUGUGUCACCCAAGUGUUCUUUGUCCACGUGAUGUUUGUGGGGGAGUCAGCCAUCCUAUUAGCUAUGGCCUUUGACCGCUUUGUGGCCAUCUGUGCUCCUCUGCAUUACUCAACGGUGCUAACGUGGCCCGUUGUGGGAAGAAUUGCUCUGGCCAUUGUCACCCGAAGCUUCUGCAUCAUCUUCCCAGUGAUUUUCUUGCUGAAGCGGCUGCCCUUCUGCCGGACCAACAUCAUCCCCCACUCCUACUGUGAGCAUCUUGGAGUGGCCCGCUUAGCCUGUGCUGACAUCACCGUUAAUAUCUGGUAUGGCUUCUCAGUGCCCAUUGUCAUGGUCAUCUUGGAUGUAAUCCUCAUCACUGUGUCUUACUCACUGAUCCUCCGGGCAGUGUUCCGUUUACCUUCCCAGGAUGCCCGGCACAAGGCUCUCAGCACUUGUGGCUCCCAUCUCUGUGUCAUCCUCAUGUUUUAUGUCCCAUCCUUCUUUACCUUAUUAACCCACCGCUUUGGACAUAACAUUCCUCGACAUGUCCAUAUCCUGCUGGCCAAUCUUUAUAUAGUGGUGCCACCAAUGCUCAACCCCAUUGUCUAUGGUGUGAAGACUAAGCAGAUCCGAGAAGGUGUAGCCAGCCGGUUCUUUGACAUGAAGGCUUGGUGCUGUGCUUCCCCUCUGGGCUGA